ACAUGGGCAUAUUGUCACGUGGAAUAACUACUUUUACAAAAUGAGGGUGUUGACUUGGACUAAAACGGAGGAACUCUUUGAACAUAGAAAACCACAAACAUAUUUCAAAGAGCAAAGGAUUGAUAUGACGAAUCCUAAUGGAACUAUAAAAUAAGGCAAUUUCCAAACUGCUGCUAAUAAUGCAUCCUAAGUAUUUCAAUGUACGCCACUCAGAGGACCACUGAGGAACAAAUUUAAACAAAAACGAGGAAGAAUGUUAAGAAUUUUGUAAACAGCAGCCGGCUGAGGUAUAUAAAAGGCCCCAUGUGGAAGUCAGAGUCAAAACUCAGAAACUUCUCCAAACAACCCAACUCUCAGCCCAACUCCUGACACCAUGGCCUGCUGCCACACCAGCUUCUGCGGGUUCCCCAGCUGCUCCACCAGUGCGACCUGUGGCUCCAGCUACUGCCAGCCAAGCUGCUUCGAGCCCAGCUGCUUCCGGACCGGCGGUGGCAUCGUCGGUGGCAUCGGCUCUGGCCAGGAGGGUGGCAGCGGAGCUAUGAGCUACCGUGCCAGGUGGUGCCGCCCAGACUGCCGGGUGGAGGGCACCUUUCUGCCCCCCUCCUGUGUGGUGAGCUGCACCCCGCCAUCCUGCUGCCAGCUGCACUAUGCCCAGGCCUCCUGCUGCCGCCCAUCCUACUGUGGACAGUCCAGCUGCCGCCCAGCCUGCUGCUGCCAGCCCACCUGCUCUGAGCCCAUUUGCUAAAGGCCAGGUAGCUGAUUUUUGAUUUGCCCAGGACACAGAAUCUCUGAACUGAUCAUCCCCUCAACCACCUCUGGACCACUAACAAGUUUUUAGACUUCUAUUUGUUUUUUUUUGUGGCAGCUACCAAGUAUAGGAGCCUCACCGUUCUACCUGAUUCCAUUCUGCAAUGAAUACUCUGAUCGUCCUCUGCAGACACAGAAACGACGUGAGCCAACUUGCUGAUUAUCACAUUGCUUUGGACAUAGUAUUUCUGAUUUGCCUGUAGGGUUGAAAUUACUGACAUGCUGUGGAAUUUAUCCUUGAGAACAGUCCACCAGGCUAAUUUUUGUCUUCUUUGUGAUCUUUUUUUAGUUUCUAGUUACCUAUAUCUUUUUCCCCCAACACCAAAGGCACCAGAGUUUAGCCAAGGGAAAUUCUUCAUAUGCCACCGUGGACAAUGGAAGCUAUGCACCCAACAUUCAGCUUCUAAGAAGUAGGCCAGACAUUUCCAUAUUUCAAUAUCUUAUUUCAUCCCUUGGAUCAUAAUGAUCUUGCCUGUUAUUUGUUUCAAUAUCCGUGAUACCAUGUCUUCUGUCAUUCCCUAAUAAAUGUUAUAUACCGGCAAAGAAACCAUGGUCUGUGUUUUGACUUAUACCUAAAGUGGACUAGCUGCUUAUAAUUCAAGAAUGUCUACUUGAAAGGAGUUCAUUUGUUUCUGUUAUUAAGAGACUGAAGUUAUAUAAAGUGUAUUCAUUCAUUCAUUUAAUAAAGAAUUUAUUGACCACCUACUUCUCAGGCUGGGACUAUGGAGAUCAGAAAGAUGAAGAAGAAAUAAUUCUUAGCCUUGAGGAGUUUAGUAUCCAGAAAGAGAAAAUAUAUGUGUGGAAAGAACUACAUAAAUGUGAUGAGACAAAUUGCUUUCUCAUAGCAGUUGGUAGAAGAAUUCCUCUUAGAGAGAUAGAUGCCUUUUUGGUCAAUAUGCCUUAAUAGAUCAACUUGUAGUAGGUGAAUCCCCAUGGGACACGCAUGUUGGCAGCCCCAAAAGCCUGUGAGAAGGAUGUGAAACAAUUAUACAUGGGACAAAAGAAGGCAUAUUUUACUUUAAAAAGGAAAUGGGGAGAAAAGAGAAGAUACACGAGCUCUAGGCAGGAGGCUAUGAAUUUUUCUAUAUAACCUCUCUCCCCC